AUGGAAAUGUACAACCGCCGGCGGCUGGGAGCCGUUUCCGGCGCCACCGUCGUGUAUGAAUCCGAUGAUGCAGGACCGACGGCUCAAGACGUUGCGGCAGUGGACGGGUGGUGUGAAGCGGCGAGCAGAAUCAACGGUGGCGAGAACGAGCACGAGCAGGGCACCCACAGUAUUACGCCUUCCGCGCCAGCACCGGCCUGCACGGACAGUGCUGCGAGUCGGUGGAAAAUUCGCGGAAGGAUCUACCAUCGGUCCCACCUGCACCUGUUGCUAGUCGCUGCCGUGCUGCUGACACACAUGCUUGUAAAUAUUAGAAUAGGAGAAGCAGCUAGUCAAAUACUCAACAAAGCGGAACCACUAUUCAUCUCCAGAUCGGAAGCAUUCAAGUUCGCUGUCGGCGAUACGAUUACACUACCCUGCGAAGUAGCCUCUCCAGGUACGUACGUGCUGGCCUGGAAGCGAGGCAUCGCGAUCCUGACCGCUGGUUCGGUCAAAGUCACACCGGAUCCGCGCGUCCGGCUCGUGAACGGCUACUCGCUACAGAUACGCGAAGCAGUACCGCAGGACGCUGGAGACUACAUCUGCCAGAUCGCCAUGAUGGAUCCGCGCGAAAUUACACAUCACGUGGAAAUUCUUGUUCCACCAAAAAUCACUCACGUCACAUCCGGCGGUCAUCUGCAGGUCCGGAAGGGUUCGCCGGUACGGCUCGAAUGCUCCGCCACCGGUAACCCGAUGCCCAACAUUACGUGGACCCGGAAAAACAAUCUGUUGCCAAACGGCGAGGAACAGUUCACCAAUCCCGUGUACGUCAUCGAAAACAUGGACCGGCAUAAGGGCGGAACGUACAUCUGCACAGCCAACAACGGUGUCGGACAGGUGGCUACCAGUCAAAUCAUUCUGCAUGUCCUUUAUCCACCUGAGAUAAGCGUCGAGAAUCCGAUCGUGUACUCCGGCGAGGGCCAGGAAGCGAUGCUCGUGUGUAUCGUGCACGGUGAAUCACAGCCGGAAGUACUGUGGCACAAGGAUACGAUGCAGAUCGACCAAACCGAACGGCACGUGAUCGAGAACCGCGGUGCCCGCCACACGCUCAUCAUCCGGAAGGUGCACCCGCAGGACUUCGGUAACUACUCCUGCAUCGCGGACAACCAGCUGGGCAAGACGCGCAAAACGGUGACGCUGACGGGUAAACCGAAGACGGCCGUGUUCCGUUCCGUGCCGAACAGCCAAUGGAAGGACAAGUACAACAUCUCCUGGAUCGUCGAUUCGCAUUCACCGAUCGAAGAGUUUAAGCUGUACUACCGGCAGGUGGACGGGGAUACGCUGCAAACGCACGACGGCAUCUUUCUCGACAGUCGGAAAAUGCACCACAGCUACGCGGGUGAUAAUAUGCUAGACUACAACCGGAAAAUCAACUCGUACGAUAGCUACUCGUACAACAAUGGCUACCACAAUCUGCACCACAAGUGGUCCAAGACGGACUGGCGGGAUAUUGUGCUGCCGGCCUUUCCCUACUCCCACCACUACACCCAGGGCAUGAGCUACCUGAUACGGGGUCUCGAACCGGACCAGCAGUACGAGGCACGGGUUCAAUCCAGGAACCGGUACGGUUGGAGUGACUUUUCCGAGAGCUUUCUGUUCACCACGUCAAACACAGAUACGGAGAUACGUGAUCUGAGCGUCACACACUACAGCUCGUCCAGGGCGUCGGUCAUAUUUGCCAGUGAGAUGCGUUGCCUGCUAGGAGCCCUGUUUCUGGUCGCCAUUUGCCGUUUGGUAAGCUUUUGA